UCUUUGCCCUAAAGACGUUCUUUGGCAUAGUUUUUGGUUUAAAUUUUCUAUGUUCUAGGUUCAAAGCAAUUGUAGUUCGUUUGAAUAAUUAGUUCAGCAGUAAUGAAUGAAGAAUUCAGUAACUCAAAUUAAAAAAUUCUAUAGUUCUUUCAUAUAAAAGCGUAACGUAUGCUAUAGCCAUGUACUUAUUCAGCGGUUUAUUUUUUAUUAAUUUCAAAGAUAUCGAAUCGUAAUCUUUAAAGUUUGUAAACAAUCUUUCACGUGCUGUGGGAUCGGGGAACAUGGUUGUUACUGAUGUGAAAAACAUUAUUUUGGUGUUGUCUGGGAAAGGCGGAGUCGGAAAAUCUUCAGUGGCCGCUCACCUUUCGUUAACACUUCGGGACCUUGGUUUUAAAGUAGGUCUCCUGGAUGUUGACUUAUGUGGUCCUAGCAUACCGCAUUUGUUAAACAUCGAAGACAAAGAUGUACAUCAGUGUUCAGAUGGGUGGACUCCUGUAUAUACUGACAAAAGUCAAACGCUUGCUGUGAUGUCUAUUGGUUUUCUGCUAAAUAGUAGAAAUGAUGCUGUUGUAUGGAGAGGGCCAAAAAAGAAUGGUAUCUUUUUAGUUCUUCUCCUCCUUACUAGUUACCCCCUUGUUAUCUUUCAGUUUUAA